AACCAGGCCUUUAGUGAUCUAUUUACAUAUUUUUUUUCGUUUUACAGAGAUUCUGGAGUUAUCCAUUUGUAGAAUUGGCUGUACUGUGCGACUUCCAACGUGACGUCGACUUGUCCGCGACACAUUAUAUUGUGCGUACGCAACACGGCGAAGCAAACUUUUAUUAAAUUCACGUGUCUUGCUCACGUCGCCGUGUCGACGGAAUCGUGCGUUAUCGGCGAAAGAACGACGCAAUUAGAAAAUAACCAGGGAUAAUCCCUGUAAUGGCCUAUCGCGCGACGAAUAUCCUUCCGGCGAGCGUCCUUCCGGUCAAGGGCAAAAGCAACAACUCGGGCAGCAGGUGAUCACGAUAUAGCACUAUAUAGCAGCAGCUAAGGAAACGCGCGCCCAACAUCAAAUUGCAUAAAGUCAGCCGGUUUGGCGAAGAUGUUUGCCUGUAGCAGAGCUAUCGGUCGAUUACUCACCGGGAUCACGCACGCGAAUCGCUCCUAUCUGUCUAUAAAAUAUAUCGGAGUUGUAAAUAUUAGUAACUUGCGCUAUAGUAGCGAUGCCAGUAAUAAAAAGCCUCACAAAUCAACGGGUACCACUAUCAAACCAGAGGACUGUACAUUUGAAUCUAAAUAUUCUAAGUCGCAGAAAGCCAUUCCUCCUUGUGAGGCACAACCAGAUGGAUCUUGCCCAGCAUAUGAUAUAUGCAAAGGAAAUGGAGAACAAAAAUCACAAAACGAAAAGGAUUCAAGUUUUGGAAAAAAUGGGAAAAAUGGGAAAUAUAAAUUUCGUUAUUGGCAUUUACUUGCAGUCUUGAUUGUAACAGGAGUAGCAGGAUAUAAGGUACCUUUUUGGAAAUAUGAGUUUCAACAAAAAGACAAAAAAACAAAAGACACAACAAAACUCAGAAAGUUUAGAAAGAAAGUUAAAAUUCCAGAAGAUUCUAAAUUAAUACCUCAGGAAGUACCAUAUUUGCUAAUAGGAGGAGGCACGGCAGCAUUUGCAGCAUUUAGAUCAAUUAAGUCUAGGGAUGCCAAAGCUAAGGUUCUAGUUGUAGCAGAAGAAACAGAUUUUCCAUAUAUGAGGCCGCCGUUAUCUAAAGAACUCUGGGACAAUACAGACAAAGAAACAACUGCACAAUUACGUUUUAAUCAAUGGAACGGAACUCAAAGAAGUAUAUUCUACGAACCACGCGAGUUCUAUUCGAAUGUUGCUCAUCUUAAUGAAUCUGAUAAGGGUGGAGUAGCUGUAGCUAUGGGUUGGAAAGUGAUCAAGCUCGAUGUUGUAAACAAAACUGCAAUUCUUGAUGAUGGUCAUGAAAUUAAAUAUAACAAAUGUCUUAUUGCAACUGGUGCAUCACCGAAAAGUCUGCCAAUAUUUGAAUCCGCUGAAUAUGAAGUAAAAACGAAAAUUACAACAUUUAGAACAAAAGAUGAUUUUCUCGAUCUGCAAGAGAUUGUCUCUAAUCCUAAGUGCAAAAAUAUCGUGGUAAUUGGCGGUGGAUUUCUUGGUUCAGAAAUUGCCUGCACGCUCGCUAGAAAUUAUGCUAAAUCUAAAAAGAUAGUUCAAAUUUAUAAAGAGAACUCUAUAAUGGCGCAAGUAUUACCAGAAUAUUUGAGCAAGUGGACCACAAGAAAGGCUGAAACGGAAGGUGUUUAUUCUAUUCGUAAUGCCGAAGUGCAAGAUUACAGAUACAAGGACGGCCAAUUGUCUCUUGUUCUCACCGAUGGUCAGAUUAUCAACACUGAUCAAGUGGUAGUAGCGGUAGGUGUUCAACCGAAUACAGAUUUGGCAACUACUUCUCAUUUGGAGACAGAUCCUAAUAUAGGAGGAUAUCUUGUUAACGCCGAAUUGGAAGCGAGAAGUAACGUGUGGGUCGCUGGUGAUGCGGCAUGUUUCUACGAUGUUAAACUAGGUAGAAGAAGAGUUGAACAUCAUGACCAUGCCGUUACCUCUGGAAGAUUAGCUGGCGAGAACAUGACUGGUGCAGGUAAACCGUAUUUGCAUCAAUCAAUGUUUUGGUCAGAUUUGGGACCUGAUGUGGGAUAUGAAGCUAUAGGUAUCGUAGAUUCGUCUUUACCAACUGUUGGAGUCUUUGCAGAAGCAAACUUUAAUCCUAUUAAAGAACAAAAUCUAAAUCCCAAAGAAUUACAAUCUAACGUAAAAUUAGAGUCAUCGAUGUCACAAAAGACAAAGAAUAAUGACAAUAAAAGUACAGAAGAAAAUAAAGAAAUAGCUAAAGAUGAUGAAAAAUCAGAAAAGAAAGAAAUACCUAAAGAUGGACAAUUAGAAGAGCAAUCUAUAGAGCCUGAAAAUUUUAGAAAAGGCGUUAUUUUCUAUCUACGAGAUGGCACUGUAGUAGGAAUAUUACUGUGGAAUAUUUUUAAUCGAAUGUCAAUUGCUAGACGAGUUCUUACAGCGGACACAAAGUAUGACGAUUUAAAUGAAGUAGCAAAAUUAUUUGCAAUUCACGAUGAAUAAUUUAUAUUUGGUUAAUAAAUAAGAGUGAAUGACAAUAUUACAAGAUUGUCGUAUAUAAAAAGCUAUCACUUCCAUAUCUGGGAUAGUGUCAAUAUUGGACAACCUCGUAAGUGACAUUGUUGAAUUCUGCAGAUAUGUAAAUUUAUCAUAUUAGUUGCAAAUUUAUCAUAUCAGCAUUAUUUUGUGUUGUACAUGUGAAGAUGAUGUUUUUAAUACAUUUUAUGUUUAUAAAACUUUCUUGUACACAUACUUUACAAUACACAAAUGUUUAUUACAGCUAAUGCUAACUCGGAGUGCAUUUAUGUAAGAAAUAAAAAAUCAUUGUUUUAUUAAGUGUAGUACAAUCGUUAUUUGUUACAUAAUAUAUCGUUUUUAUUGAUAUACAAUUAAUUUAGUAUGUAAAGAAUCUAUAAACUAUUUUUCUUUUG